CACUCGAUGCUUCGUCUUUUUGACCCUACAAUUGAGCAGCCCAAUGACACGGAAGACGACUUCGACCUUGAAGGGGAAGACGACAACAUGAGACAGCAGCUGAACAACAUGAUUCCGAUUUAUUCCAAGCCAACUGUGGUGUAUUGUGUGUUGCCGGGGGAGUUUGAGUACUUGUGUGUGAGGAAGCCGGACUUACUGAAGAGGGUGGAAGAAGCUAGGAAGGAACCGAACUAUGGCAAAGAAUACGUCACUGGCUCUCUUGACACAUCUGAGGAACCAACCAAAGGCGACAAGUCUGGCUACUUUAUGAUCCACGUGAACAACUACAGCACAGUGCAGACGGUGACUUGUGUGAAGAAGAGAGGGGAGGGGCAGAAUGGAAACAAGAAGAGUAGUUUGAGGAGUUGGAAUAUUUUGUGUCUGUAUGGGAAGAAUGAGAAGUUGCUGAAUAGGAUGGUGUCCAGAUUCGAAGAGGGUCUGAUAAAGGACUUCUACACAUACUUCGAGGAGCCCUGGGCCAUGGCUCUGUUCCACGACAGAUUCGAAGACCUCCUCCUCGAGAUCAGAGAGAUACUCACAAACCCACCUCCAGUUCAAAGUGGAGACGAAGGUGAAGACGGCGAGAUGAACUCGUUCACGCAGAAAGUCCGAGCCAUCAUCGAAGAAAACAUGGAGAUGAAAUCUGGAGAAUGGAACAAACUGAUGAAGGAGUUCCAGUCUGGAGGGUACAAGAAGAGUGUGGAGACCAGACUGCUGGCCUACUUGAGCUACAACUACUACCACCUGCCAAUGUAUGCCAAACCAGGCAUGCUGUAAAUGAAUACUUAUAAUAGAUGAGUACGGCUCAGUUGUGGAGAACGGAUUUGGAAACUAAACUCUAAAAUGUUAAUGUUGGAUGCUUUAUUUCCAUAGUCAGAACUCUGCCGCGUUUUGCCUUUACUUUGAUCAGUUGUCCUAAUUAGAGCUUAUAUUUGACUAACUGACUUAGCUACUCACAGAAAAGCUCAUGUUACACGCAACAUGCAAAUUCAUAUAGCGUCAAAUAGUUAACUCAUUUAACCUCAUUGAUGAUGUGGGCGUUUAAGUUAGUUGUAGUGACUGACUUGUAAAUAUAUGCAAAGCCAUCUAAGUAUGAAGUUCAUGUAAAUUGUAAAAAUGUCCUAUACUGUACAGGGUUUUUAGUCCAGCUUUUGCUCGAACAAUUGAAGUUGGUUUCGCACUAGCAUUCUUUUGUGUGCAAAUCAAAAACUCACAUGAGAAAUUCAUA